GUGGGGAGGGGCGCGGGCGGCGGCGUAGACGUAUAGGGUGGAUGAGAGGAUGAUGUAGGUGGGUGCACUCCUUCUAGAUGAGGGAGAUGAGAUGUCGACACGAAGCUACGAUUGAAUAUCCGCGGUCUGUCAGACGGACGAGAACGGGUACCUCUGGUGCGCUUUACGAUGUCGCCCUGGGUAGGCCUGUUGGAUUAUGUUCUUUUCUUGUUCGCGUUGGAAAGGGCACGGAAAUUCUAUCCUCUCCUAUAUGUAUGUAUACCUGUAUAGUGGCGCCUCGGAUGAUGGUUUCUUGCACCCAGGCAUGUAACGAGUAGUUGGGGAAUGAAUGCACGACUAGUUUAGGCAUCGUUUUAUUAUACACCUAUACCAUAUGGAACUCAGUUCGAUCUCAACUUCUAGAUGGGUCGAUGAAGCGAUGCCUUCAUGGGUUUUAUGGGGGGGGGGAUCGCCCUCCCCUCCCCCCUCUCCCCUUUCUGCUGCUGCUCCAAUCCCCUCCCCCCCUUCGCCUAUGUACACAAGAGCAUAUGCGACGUCGGUGCCCACGCAUACGCAUUCCCGCACUCGCGUAACCACGGACCCGCCGUCUCGCUUCCCGCGUCGAGAGCAGACCGAACCGACCUGCUUUUAUGCGCCCCGUCGAGAAGCGACGUUUUGCAUCCCCACACCCUCACCGGUUCCCGCACCUGGCCGCCACUCCGGUGGAGCUCUCGCCACGUUUCGACCUGCGGGGGGCAGCGAGCGGCGGGGCCGUGGGCCGCUUCGCGAGCAGCACGGCGGCACUGCGGCACUGGGCAUGUUCUCGUGGUCGGGGUUCAGGGCCUGGGCGGAUUCUAGGCGAGGCGAGGCGAGGCGAGAGCCGUCUCUCUCUCUCUCUCUCUCUCUCGCGACUGACUCCGCCGGCGGUGCGUGGUGCCACCAGGAUCGACGUCUGCGCCCGCGCCCUCGAGCCUGCCAGUCUGUCUCUGUCCUUACGCAGGCGGUAUCGAUUGCGUCUAUGUAUGUGUGUGGUCUUGGUCUCGUGCUAUCUAUAUGCUAUACAUGCUGUCGUUCCACGUCGCCCCGCCUCAUUCCCCCGCCUCCCCCCCCCCACGCCGCAAGCACUGGAUUCGUGUCGGCCCUGGAACAGCGGAUAGCGGUGCGUGGAUGAUGGUGUGCGCUGGCUGGUGAGUUGUGGGUGGGGCAGAGG